AUGGAGUGCUGCCUUCGCACAGAGUGCUGCCUUCGCAAGGAGUGCUGCCUUCGCAAGGAGUGCUGCCUUCGCAAGGAGUGCUGCCUUUGCAAGGAGUGCUGCCUUUGCAAGGAGUGCUGCCUUCGCAAGGAGUUCUGCUUUCGCAAGGAGUGCUGCCUUCGCAAGGAGUGCUGCCUUCACAAGGAGUGCUGCCUUCCUAAGAAUGCUGCCUUUGCACGGAGUGCUGCCUUUUCACUUAGUGCGGCGCUCGCACGUAGUGCUGCCUUCGCACGGAGUGCUGCCUUUGCACAGAGUGCUGCCUUUGCCCAGAGUGCUGCCUUCACAAGGAGUGCUGCCUUCGCAAGGAGUGCUGCCUUCGCAAGGAGUGCUGCCUUCGCAAGGAGUGCUGUCGUAGCACAGAGUGCUGCCUACGCACAGAGUACUGGAAGUGCUGCCUUCGCAAGCAGUGCUGCCUUCGCAAGCAGUGCUUCCUUCGCAAGCAGUGCGGCCUUCGCAAGCAGUGCUGCCUUCGCAAGGAGUGCUGCCUUCGCUAGGUGUGCUGCCUUCGCAGGCAGUGCUGCCAUCGCAAGGGGUGGUGCCUACGCACAUAGUGCUGACGUUGGAAGGAGUGCUGCCUUCACACGGAGUGCAGCCUUCGCACAGAGUGCUGCCUCCCCAGGAAUUGCUGCCUCCGCAAAGAGUGCUGCCUUUGCAAGGAGUGCUGCCUUCGCAAGGAGUGCUGCCUUCGCCCUGUGUGCUGCCUUUGCACAGACUGCUGCCUUCGCAAGGAGUGCUGCCUUCGCAAGGAGUGGUGCCUUCGCAAAGAGUGCUGCCUUCGCAAGGAGUGCUGUCGUAGCACAGAGUGCUGCCUACGCACGGAGUACUGGUUCACACAGAGUGCAGCCUUCGCACAGAGUGCUGCUUUCGCAGGGGUGCUACCUUCGCAGGGAGUGCUGCCUUCGCAAGGAGUGCUGCUUUUGCAUGGAGUGCUGCUUUCGCAGGGAGUGCUGCCUUCGCAAAGAGUGCUGCCUUCGCAAGGAGUGCUGCCUUCGCAAGGAGUGCUGCUUCGCUAGGAGUGCUGCCUUUGCACGGAGUGAUGCCUUCACAAAGAGUGCUGCCUUUGCAGGGAAUGCUGCAUUCGCAAGGAGUGCUGCCUUCGCAAUGAGUGCUGCCUUCGCAAGGACUGCUGCCUUCGCAAAUAGUGCUGCCUUCGCAAGGAGUGCUGCCUUCGCAAGCAGUGCUGCCUUCGCAAGCAGUGCUGCCUUCGCAAGGAGUGCUGCCUUCGCUAGGUGUGCUGCCUUUGCAGGGAGUGCUGCCAUCGCAAGGGGUGGUGCCUACACACAUAGUGCUGACGUCGCAAGGAGUGCUACCUACACACGGAGUGCAGCCUUCGCACAGAGUGCUGCCUUCGCAGGAAUUGCUGCCUCCACAGGAAUUGCUGCCUCCACAAAGAGUGCUGCCUUCGCAAGGAGUGCUGCCUUCGCUAGGAGUGCUGCCUUCGCUAGGAAUGCUCCUUCGAAAGGAUGCUGCCUUCACAAGGAAUGCUGCAUUCAGUGCUGCCUUCGCAAGGCGUGCUGCCUUCGCAAGGAGUGCUCCUUCGCUAGGAGUGCUGCCUUCGCAAGGAGGGCUGCCUUCGCACGGAGCGCUGCCUUCGCAUGGAGUGCUGCCAUUGCAGCGAGUGCUGCCUUCCCAGAGAGUGCUGCCUUUGCACGGAGUGCUGCCUUCGCACAGAGUGCUGACAUCGCAAGGAGUGGUGCCUACGCAUUGAGAGCUGCCUUCGCACAGAGUGAUGCCUUCGCAAGGAGUGCUGCCUUCGCAAGGAGUGCUGCCUUUGCAAGGAGUGCUGCCUUUGCAAGGAGUGCUGCCUUCGCAAGGAGUGCUGCCUUCAGUGCUGCCUUUGCACUGAGUGCUGCCUUCACAAGGAGUGCUGCCUUCGCAAGGAGUGCUGCCUUCGCAAGCAGUGCUGCCUUCGCAAGCAGUGCUGCCUUCGCAAGGAGUGCUGCCUUUGCAAGGAGUGCUGCCUUUGCAAGGAGUGCUGCCUUCCCUAGGAGUGCUGCCUUCGCAGGGAGUACUGCCUUUGCUAGGGGUUGUGCCUUCACACGGAGUGCUGCCUUCGCUAGGAGUGCCGCCUUCGCACAUAGUGCUGCCUUCAAACGGAGUGCUGCCUUUGCACAGAGUGCUGCCUUCGCUAGGAGUGCUGCCUUUGCUGGGAGUGCUGCCUUCGCACGGAGUGUUUCCUUCGCUAGUAGUGCUGCCUUCGCACGGAGUGCUGCGUUCGCUACGAGUGCUGCCUUCGCUACGAAUGCUGCCUUCGCGCAGAGUGCUGCCUUCGCACGGAGUGCUGCCUUUGCACAGAGUGCUGCCUUCGCAAGGAGUGCUGCCUUCCCACGGUGUGCUGCCUUUGCACAGACUGCUGCCUUCGCAGGGAGUGCUGCCUUCGCAAAGAGCGGUGCCUUCGCAAAGAUUGCUGCCUUCGCAAGGAGUGCUGUCGUAGCACAGAGUGCUGCCUUCGCACGGAGUACUGGUUCACACAGAGUGCAGCCUUCGCACAGAGUGCUACCUUCGCAGGGAGUGCUGGCUUCGCAAGGAGUGCUGCCUUUGCAUGGAGUGCUGCCUUCGCAGGGAAUGCUGCCUUCGCAAAGAGUGCUGCCUUCGCAAAGAGUGCUGCCUUCGCAAGGAGUGCUGCCUUCGCAAGGAGUGCUGCUUCGCUAG